UAUUGGAUACUUUGUUCGAACUUGCCUUUAGCUAUCACCAUUAGCAUUUGGGCGUCGUUGCUGUUAUUUCUAUGAUUUAAACGAGUAAAUUGGUCGGUUUUAAUUCACCGCUGACCGUCCUCGAUAGGAAUUACACCCAGGAUGAUUCCUACCGAGGAUGCGUCCGCCAGGAAGCGGGAGAUAGAGGAGAAACUGAAGCAGGAGCAGGAGACGCUGUCAUUCAUCAGAGAAAACCUGGAGAAGAGUGAUCAGCUGACUAAGGGCAUGGUCUCCAUCCUGUCUUCGUUUGAGAGCCGCCUGAUGCAGCUGGAGAACUCCAUCAUCCCCGUCCACAAACAGACAGAGAACCUGCAGCGGCUGCAGGAGAACGUGGACAAAACUCUGUCCUGCAUGGACCACGUCAUCAGUUACUACCAUGUGGCCAAAGACACCGACAGGAUCAUCAGAGAGGGACCGACAGGCAGACUGGAUGAGUAUCUCGCCUGUAUUGCCAAGAUUCAGAAAGCUGUGGAAUACUUUCAGGACAACAACCCUGACAGCCCUGAACUCAACACAGUGAAAGCACGUUUUGAGAAGGGUAAAGAGCUGCUGGAGGCUGAGUUCCGCAGCCUGCUGACCCGCUACAGUAAACCCGUUCCCCCCAUCCUCAUCCUGGACGCCAUCAGUGUGGACGAGGAGCUGGAGGUGCAGGAGGAGGUGGUGCUCGAGCACCUGCCUGAAGCCGUGCUGCAAGACAUCAUCUGCAUCGCCGGCUGGCUGGUGGAAUACGGACGAAACCAGGAUUUCAUGAACGUCUACUUCCAGAUCAGGUCCAACCAGCUGGAUCGAUCCAUCAAAGGCCUCAAGGAUCACUUCCGCAAGAACAGCGCCUCCUCCGGGAUCCUCUACUCGCCCGCUGUCCAAACCAAACGCAAGGAUACGCCCACCAAAAAGGCUCCCAAGAGACCAGUCUACAUCCCAGGGACCAUUCGCAAGGCUCAGAACCUUCUGAAACAGUACUCACAGCAUGGGCUGGAUGGGAAAAAGGGGGGCUCUAACCUCACUCCUUUGGAAGGGAAGGACGAUGUCCUGGACAUCGAGAUCGACUCCUACAUCCACUGUAUCAGUGCCUUUGUCAAACUGGCUCAAAGCGAGUACGCACUCCUGACAGAAAUCAUCCCGGAGCACCAUCAGAAGAAGACGUUUGACUCCCUCAUUCAGGAGGCGCUGGACAACCUGAUGCUGGAGGGAGACAACAUUGUGUCUGCAGCUCGCAGGGCCAUAAUGCGUCACGACUACUCCGCUGUCCUUACCAUCUUCCCCAUCCUGAGACACCUGAAAAUGAACAAGUCUGAGUUUGACGCAACACUACAGGGAACAGCAGCGAGCACCAAGAACAAGCUGCCUACUCUCAUCACAUCUAUGGAGACGAUUGGAGCCAAAGCUCUGGAGGAGUUUGCAGACAGCAUUAAGAAUGACCCGGAUAAAGAGUACAACAUGCCCAAAGAUGGAACAGUCCACGAACUGACCAGCAACGCCAUCCUGUUCCUGCAGCAGCUGCUGGACUUCCAUGAGACAGCUGGAGCCAUGCUGGCCUCACAAGUACUGGGGGACACUUACAAUAUCCCUUUAGACCCCCGAGAGACAAGUUCAGCAACUAGCUACACCUCUGAUUUCAACAAAAGGCUCCUCAGCACUUAUAUAUGUAAGGUGUUGGGCAACCUGCAGCUGAACUUACUCAGUAAAUCCAAAGUGUAUGAGGAUUCAGCUCUGAGCGCCAUUUUCCUUCACAACAACUACAACUACAUCCUCAAGUCUCUGGAGAAGUCUGAGCUGAUCCAGCUGGUGACAGUGACCCAGAAGGUGGCUGAGCGUUCGUACAGAGAGCUGAUUGAGCAGCAGAUCCAGAUGUACCAGCGCAGCUGGGUGAAAGUCACAGAGCACCUGACAGACAGGAACAUGCCCGUCUUCCAACCUGGCACCAAGCUGAAAGAUAAAGAACGACAGGUGAUCAAAGACAAGUUCAAGGGAUUUAAUGAUGGUUUGGAGGAGUUGUGUAAGAUCCAGAAGGGCUGGGCCAUCCCAGACAAAGAGCAGCGAGACUUUAUCCGACAGGCUCAGAAGAAGGUGGUGUCGGAUGCUUACAGAGCGUUCCUGCAGAGAUGCGCCAACAUCUCUUUCACCAAGAACCCUGAGAAGUAUCACAAGUAUCGACCGGAGGAGGUGGAGGAGAUGAUUGAGAGGCUGUUUGACACGUCUGCCUGAGCUGCACUUUGAUCAGCCCCAACUCGUGUUCCGCGCACACUGCACACAGUAACAACAAGCUCCUUUAACAGAAGACACACUCAACCUCUCCUCACACUACCGUCAACCCUCGUUGUGUCUGAUUAAUGUUUUGUACAGAAAUAUGAACAUGAUGUAUUUAUGUAAUUUAGCCGUUCCAGCUUCGCAUUUCAAACAAAUAAAGGGAACUCUGAAUGA